AUGUCCCAAAACGCAACCACACACCAAAUCCUUCAAGCCUACCCACCAGCCACCAGCCAAGAUGAUUCUCCAACCUACUCCCCAGCCUUCGAGCAACACUUCGGACACCUUUCCAUCUCCUAUGAGUACUGGACUUUUCUCACGACCCAUCCGCACUUCUCCCACGUCGCCCCGAAACUCGUGAAAUCCUGCAGAGAGUUCUCGUAUGUUACUUUCGAAGAGUUCUGCACGAACAUCAACUUUAGCCGCAGGGGGAUGCAGAAGCGUCUUGGUAGGAAGGAGUUGGAGGCUUUCUGGGUGACGAUUUGUUUGAGACAUUUUGAGGCUUGUGGAUAUGAGGAGAUGAAGCGGUUUAAUUACAAGUGUAAGGUGGGCGAUAAGGCGGUUGUGGAGAAGGUGAAGAAGGAGGUGUUUUGUGAGAAGAUUGGUGAGGUACGAUUUUGAUGUCUUUGCGUUUUCUUGAGGGAAGUGCGGUUCUUGUAUUGACUUUACAGCUUAUCGAGCGUCGUAUGGACUCGUACUGGGAGGCUGCAGGUCUGAAGUUUGGUAAACAAGAUUUGGAUGUCGUGGGUUUUGUACGUUUGGCUCUAUCUAUACCUUUUGACUGAGGCGUGAAACUGAUUUGGUGGAUCUAGACUGAGGAAGAUGUAUGCAAGUUGAAGAAUGGCGCUAAGAAAAUGGACGCUAAAGGAGAUACGAUGGAUGUUGAUGGGGAAGAGGAUGCUGAAGUCAGGGCUCAGUCUGGAGGCGAUGACAUGGAUGUUGAUCGACCUGAAGCUGAUAGCGAGCAAACUGUGAUGAGAGUCAAGGAGCAUUGA